UGUCAAUUCUACUGAAUUGCUUCUUCUCUGUUCCCGCCGUCACAUCGCCGUUUCCGGCAGCGAGUAAAAAUCUCCGCCACCGUCAACCUCCACCGUUGCUCCGUCAUCUCACUGCAACUCCUCCACCUCCGCCGUGAACCGCCGUUAAAAGAAUCGAGAAAAGCCAUCAUCUUUGCUCCGUCAUCUUACUGUAACUCCUCCUUCUCAGUCGUCACACCGCCGUCGACGGCGAAUCCACUCAAAUUGUGCAAAAUAUGGAAGUAGAGAGAGUUUUUAUUGGAGUAGGGUGUAAUAGAGUAGUGUAUAACGUUUCAUGGGGUGCUUCUGGUUUAGUUUCUUUUGGUGCCCAAAAUGCUGUUGCCAUUUUCUGUCCAAAGACAGCUCAAAUCUUGACUACACUACCUGGUCAUAAAGUUUCUGUGAAUUGUACCCUUUGGCUUCCCAAUAGCAAGUUUGCAUUCAAAGCUAAGCAGCUGGAACAACAUUUUUUGCUUUCUGGAGAUGCGGAAGGUGUAAUAAUUUUGUGGGAGUAUUCUCUUGUGGAUGCGAAGUGAAGAUAUGUCUUACAAGUGCCACAAGCCCACAAAAAAGGUGUUACCUGCAUCACGGCGAUCAUGGUGUCUCAGCAAAAAGCUGUUUUUGCAUCUGCAUCCUCUGACGGCACUGUGAAUGUAUGAAGUGUUUUUUUCAUGCUCUUUGAUCUCAUUAACUCGCUUCAUGUACAUUUCGUUGUUGUCGUGCUGGCAGUUCGGGGAUCGAUGAACUGGGAAGAGAUUGGCUGCACUUAGAAAUCCUUGAUGUCAAUAUCUUGGACUAGUUCUUAUGGAGUUUCACCAUAUAUAAAGCAUGAUUACUGU